CGGCGGCGUGCGGCUGUCUCCCUGCCGGGGCUUUGGAUGUACCGGCGGAGCGCAGUGGACUCUGAGCAAACGGAGAGUCUCGCGGAGGGGAUUCGGGAGAAUGUGGGGGCAGCAACAUGGAAAAGGAAGGUGGGAAGCCCGCGGGUGUUGUCGCAGUUGUGACUGAGCCUCGGUUUACCCAGCGAUACAAGGAAUAUCUCGAGAAGGAGAAACUCUUGGACACACAGCACCGGGUGGAAAAGAUGCCCGAUGGCACCGUGGCGCUGCCCGUGCUGGGAGAGGCGCUCCCUGAGCAGCACCUGCGGGAGCUGAGGAAUCGUGUGGCUCCUGGCAGCACCUGUACGCUAACGCAGCUCCUGGAUCCCGUUCGUUCAAAGAAGGCCCAGGGUUGUUCACCUGCCCAAAGGCUGUGUCUUGAGGUGAGUCGCUGGGUAGAGGCCCGGGGAGUGACAUGGUCAGCUGAGUUGGAAGCUGAUUUGCCCCGAUCUUGGCAACGACACGGUAACCUCUUGUUGCUGAGUGAGGACUGUUUCCAAGCCAAACAGUGGAAAAAUCUGGAACCAGAACUCUGGGGGAUUGUUGCCUCGGCACUUGGCGUUCAGCGUUUGGCCAAACGAGGGCGGGUAUCGCCGGAUGGCACUCGAACUCCAGCAGUAACUCUGCUGCUGGGCGACGAUGGCUGGGUUGAGCAUGUGGAUAAUGGGAUCCGAUAUAAGUUUGACGUAACCCAGUGCAUGUUCUCCUUCGGAAACAUCACUGAGAAGCUUCGAGUGGCAUCUCUGCCCUGUACUGGACAAGUGCUGGUGGAUCUCUAUGCAGGGAUUGGUUAUUUUACAUUACCUUUCCUAGUUCAUGCUGGUGCUGCCUUCGUCCAUGCCUGCGAGUGGAACCCCCAUGCUGCAGUUGCUCUGAAAAAUAACCUUGAGAUCAAUGGAGUAGCAGAUCGGUGCCAAAUACACUUUGGGGAUAACAGAAAAUUGAAGCUCUCAGACAUUGCAGACCGGGUCAACCUGGGGCUGAUUCCCAGCUCCGAAGAAGGCUGGCCCAUUGCCUGCCGGAUGCUAAGAAAGGAUGCUGGGGGCAUUUUGCAUAUCCACCAAAAUGUGGAAUCUUUCCCAAGGAGGAAUCUCCAGCCUCUUGGAAACAGUGAAAUGGAGGAGCAUAGGCCUUAUCCUCAGCAAAUUAUCAACAACCAAUGGGAAAAUGGAGCUAUCAGGGAUUCUAGGAGAAAAGUGCUGUCAGCAUCCAUCAAGCCAGAGUGGCACAGGUGGGCGGAAUCUGCAGAAACUCGCAUUGUCACUCUUCUUCAGCAGGUGCAUGGGAAACCGUGGAAGACACAAAUCUUGCACAUCCAACCAGUGAAAUCCUAUGCUCCCCACGUGGAUCACAUAGUCCUGGAUCUGGAAUGCCGCCCCUGUUCUCUGGUUGGCUAGAUCCUGAGACAUGAAGAUCUACCUGUGAGUGACCCUUAAUGUACCAGCUCAGGCCAGGUUCCAGCCCUCGUCUCGGGGUAGUCUAUUUUAAUAUUUUGUGACCCUGAAAGCAGGCUCUAGACCAUUCCAAAUCACUUCACUUGUCUUCCAUUGAGCACAUUGAGAAUGAGCUACAUAUCUGGGAGAAGCAGCGUGGCUCACUGAAAUGAGCCCCAUCUGUGCAGUCGUGAAUUCCGAAUUCUGACCUCAGUUCUGUCUGACCUUGGGUACAUGGUUUCAAUAGUCUUUUGGCCUUGGAUAUCCUUAUUUGCAAAAUGAGGGUUUCUUUGAACUAUCUCACAUGGAUCUUAUUUAAUGAGCAGUUGUACACAGGACAUUGGUUAUUUCAGAGUGAAAGGCAGUGCCUUUUCCAAAAUCACUCUUGUUACUAUGGAAAAUCGACUGGAGGGUGGCCAGGAUGGAUGCAGACCAGUGAAAAGGUUUCUGUGGUUGUCUAGGCAUGAGGUGAUAAUGACUUGGACUAGGGUGGUGGUAGUGGGAAGUGGAUGGAUUUGAGAAAUAAAAUUGAUGCGACUAAGAAAUGGCGUCCAUA